AUGAGUGCCAGUGAGCCCGGAGGCUCCGGUGGAACCGGUUCCUCGGGAGCCACGACGACCGGAGGUGACAGUAUGUCUGGCAUUACCAGCAACUCCGGUGGAAGGAGUGGAGGUCGUGGCAGGGGUGAACGUGCCGGAAGAGGACGUUUUGGAGGUUUUGGAGGCCGAAGACAGAGUGCCCCAGCCCCAAAGAAGUUUGCUGGAAGAUCCACUACGCUUGAGGGUCACGUAUAUGACCUGUCCACACCGUCCGCAACUGCAGCAGCGUUCUACGAUACGACCAUGGAAAUAGCUGAGUUCGUGGGCCGGACCUACACAAAAGGGAACUACACCAGGCUGGAAAUUGAGUCUUUGAAACUCCAAGAAUUGGCCAAGCCCACAGUGCCAACCGCAGCAGACGGAACCCCAUCCACUGAUGAUGUGGACAAGGAAAUAUUCAAACAGGAGGUGUCCGCCUUCGUGAAAGGCCGUGACAAGCUCAGGGAGAACCGCCAGAAUGCCUUCUCCCUCAUAUGGGGACAGUGCAGCGACAAUAUACGUACAAAAGUGAAGAGCAGCGCCGAUUUCGAAACGAUGAGCACCAGUGCAAACGUGAUCGGGCUCCUCCAAUCCAUACGGACCGUAAUGCUACAGUUCCAGACCCGAAAGUACCAGCCACUUGCCAUAUUGGAGAGCAAGCGCCGCGUGAUCAACUUCCGGCAGGGAAGCUUGACCGUAGGGGAGUACUAUCGGAUGUUCAAACAGAAAGUGGAAGCGACUGAGCACAAUGGGGGAUGUUUCGGGUACGAAACGACCCUGAUUCAAGCCGCACUACCAACGGGCACAACAAUAAGCGACGCGUCAGCUGACGAGAUGGCCAAGGCAAUUGCGACUGUACGUGACAUGACAUUGAGCGUCAUGUUCUUGUCCGGUUCGGACCAAGAAAGGUAUGGAGAACUGACGAUCGACUUGGAGAAUGAUUACACGAGGGGGGAGAACAACUACCCCAAGACGCUCGACGAUGCCUACGCCCGCCUGGAUGCGUACCACAUCAAAGGCAGAAGCCGACAACAUUCAUCACAUGCGCACGCGGGAGCAGGCACUGAGGUUGCGUUCACAUCAGAUGGUGCGGAAGUGAUUCCUGGAACAAAUGGGAAGACAUUCGCCCACAUCGAGUGCCACAAAUGCAACAAACACGGACACUACUCGGACAAAUGCCCAUCCAGAGGAGAUACGGACGCCGAGGGCGUCCAGCUACUGAUGAACGCGUACGAAGAAGGAGAACUGUCUGACUUCUCGUUCGUCAUCGUGAACACGGCCCUGUUCAACAACAGGAGCAGGAUCCCACGGACCUGGAUUCUACUCGACAACUGCAGUACCGUGAACAUUUUCUGCAACGAAAAAAUGCUUCGGAACAUCCAAGGGAGAGUUCGUGGUGCACAAGAGCAGUGGCAACCGUACUUUUAG